AAUUUCAAACACCGGCAGAGCCUAAGUUAUGUAAAAUGGUGAGAAGUGAUGCUGGAUAAAAAGUGGCUAAAAAAGCUGAAAAAGUGCAUAAAAUUGGAUGAAAAAUGGCACACAUCCUCGAUAGAAGGCUCCAGCUUCUCAUAAUACUCUCCCAUGCUUUUAUUGGCGUAGGAUUGCUAUUCCUGCAAAUCUAUCAUGUUCGGACGGUGUUUGAGGUGAAGACAAACUUUAGUCAUCUGUCCAAAUUGGAGCGAGAGGCGCUUUUCACCUCGGAACAGGGACUCUACUAUUCCUUCUACAAGAGAAUUGCGGAGGCAAAGUCCUUUUCUGGGGGCCUUGAGAAGCUCAUAAAUGAUAAUUUGACUGAAUAUCCUAGCACGAUAAAUUCUAUUCAUAAGUUUCAUAUUUAUCCGGAAAUCCUGGCAGCUUUCCUGUACAAACAGUACGUUAAUUUAACAAUGUACAUGGGUGUGAGCUCCAGGUCGUGCUGGACAACGCUGAGAAGUCACGAGAUGACCACUCACAUGGACUGUGACGGAUUAGGGGAACCCAUUCAUUUUUAUUUGGAAUUUAUUUGGUGGACUGCAGGACUAACAGUCCUCUUCCUCUACCUCUUUGGCACUUACCUCAGCAAUCACGUCUUUGGUGGCAUUGCCACAGUCAUCUACUAUUUUGUCCUGCAUGAGAAUGCAAGCCGGGUGACGGAAUUCCCCAUGGCCAGGGAGAAUUUUGCCACUCUCUUCAUUGUCUGGCAAAUGUUCUAUCUCACCAUGUGCAUUGCACGGCUUAGCGUUAAAACAACCAAGUGGAAUGCCACAAAAAUUCUCACCCAGAACUACAUUAUGAUUAUAAAAUUAUCCCUUCUGACGGCAGCAGCUCACAUGUGCUGGCAAUUUUCUGCUGCAAUUUUUGCUACACAAACUAUCGUAAUCUUCGUACUGGUUGAACUUGAGUGGCUUCCACAGGAUUUCGUUCUAAACUACUCACUGGCACAUGUUCUAGCAAAUAUUUCCUGCUACUACGGCAUGUUUGGUAAUCGCUACUUUUUCCUGUCAAUCAAUCACUCAUUGAUUGUGGCACUCAUCUUCUUCCUCCUCUUCCGCAACAUGGAACGUGGAGAGGUGCAAAUGAGCAAACCCAAGAGAUUCAUUCACGAUUUGUGCUUCUUCAUCAGUAUCACGUACUUUGUGUCCGACAUUACGGAUAGGAUGAGUGUGUCAUCACGAAAGGACUCCAGUGAAGACAUAAAUGGGCAUUUUAUUAAUUUAUUUCUCACAAAAUUCGGCUUGAAACUACCGAAUUUGGUUGAAUUGCUGUACCUCUGCAAUUCAUCGUACGCCUUCCUUGACACGGAAACACUUGUACAGUAUAUUACUGUAUUCUCACCUAAAUUGGUGCCUGUUACACUUACAUUCUUUGCUGUGAAAUUCUACCUUGGGCGUAGGAAGAAACGUCCCGAGGCCGAAGCCAUUGAGAGGGCAAAGAACUAUGUGACUGAAGACUUCAUGGAGGAGAAUCUCGUAACGCUGCAGAAUCUUUCAAAUCCCAAAACUACGGCUGAACUGAAGAAUUGCCUGGAUUUACUUGAAAAAUGCGAUUAUGACUAUGAGAGGUAUAAAGUUGAGAAGGCAAAAAUUAAUCCAAAGAGUGAGGAGAAGAAGACAUUUCUGUAUGAUGUUGAGAAGCUACGGAAUGAGGGGAAGAGAAAUGCAGCGGGAGAGGGUAAAAAGGCACAGAGUGCAAAAUCGGGGUCAAAGGCGAAAUUUCACGAUGCACCCGCGCAGGAAAAGGUGGAAAAUCCCACGGAGAAGUCAACUAGCAAACAGCUGGAGACAUUCUACUUGUACAACCUCCUUCAGGCACUUUUCUUCUUCUACUUUGCCCUGGCUGUGGCAAAGCUAAAAUUUAUCCUUACCCCAUUUAUUUGCUUGAAUGCAGCUAUUCUGCCGCCACGUCGGUGGUUCUUGGACAGCACAAUACGCAUCUACUGGGUACUCACCCUCAUGCCACUUCUCAGUAGUAUCGUCUAUCCGGGCCUGAGGAAUAUGCAGGAACAGUACAGCCCGGCAUCUGUGGAUAACUACGAGCUGGAAGAAUUGCUUGAGUGGAUAAAUCACAAUACAGAGACAAAUGCCGUCUUUGCGGGCCCCAUGGACAUCACCCCGAUGGUCCUUGUGGCCACAAAGCGCCCAAUUGUCAAUCAUCCGCACACGGAAUUCCUCGAUAUGAAGGAACGCACGAGGAUCGUCUAUGCCAUCUACGGGAAGCAGCAAUCAGCGGAAAUCUACAAUGAACUCGCUAAACUCAAAGUUCAGUACGUUAUUCUCUCCCGAAGGGAUUGCUUCCUCUAUACCAGCAAUGGGUGCAAAAUGUCCGAUAUCUGGGACUUUCUCAUUCCUGAGGCGAAGAACAACCCGCGCUUCUGUGCGGACCUCUUCCAGGCAUCUGUGCCCAAUUUCCUCAAAGCCUUCAUCAAUAAGAAAUUUCUUAUUCUACAAAUCUUCUCGACAGUUCAACUUGAACUCAAUCGCAAGAAGAUCAUCAUUUGAAGGAAUAUUCGUGUGGAUGGA